UGUUGCUAGGCCACGGCAUAAUUCAAGUAGGCUGAGGUGGAAAAGUAUUUUCCCCAUGUUUCUCUCUUUUUUUUUGACAAUUCAUCCACAAUUAUCUUAAUAUAAGCUAAUGUAUGCAUUUGUUUACAGGAGAAUAUUUCUUGCAUGUCUUUGUACUGUAUUUAUUCUCCAUUCAAGUGUGAACAGAAGAACCUUCUUACCAGCAUAACUAUAAGCACUUAGAUCUAUGGAGAUGAAAUAGUAAAUGCUGAAAAGCUGAUCACUGCACUGGCCAGGCUCAGGGUUCACAGUCAAAACUGAGAGGAUAGUAGCAAAAGGAUCACACUGGAUUUGAGAUUUUUCUGGUUUGCUCCGUUAGGGAUUGAUAUAUCUUGUCUCGCGAUUAACAUGCUGGGGUCCACAGGCUUUGAUUUGAGGCUUAUGGUCAUUGAAUUUUAAUCGGACAGCAAUUCUUCAAAAUCAUCCACCUAUAACGGACUCAUACAGUUGGAAAAAUUAUAACCUGAAUCUUUGGAAUUCGGAAAGUAUUCUUUGGAACAGCAUGAGAAAGUGAUUCCCAACUUCUUUGACUUGUACUUUAGGAAAAAUCCAUUUGGUGGGGAGUUCACUGUUUUUGCUGGCCUUGAGGAGUGCAUUAAGUUUAUUGCAAAUUUUAAGUUCACGGAACAUGACAUUUCUUUCCUCCAAUCUGUCAUGCCAAUGUGUGAGGGUGAAUUCUUCGACUAUCUUAGGGAAGUUGACUGCUCUGAUGUUGAGGUGUACUCCAUUCCUGAGGGCUCGGUAGUUUUUCCAAAAGUGCCCUUGAUGAGAGUUGAGGGCCCAGUUGCUGUGGUUCAACUUCUUGAAACUCCAUUCGUAAAUCUUAUUAAUUAUGCCUCUUUGGUAACUACUAAUGCUGCUCGGCAUCGCCAUGUUGCUGGAAAAUCAAAGGUUCUGUUGGAAUUUGGUUUAAGACGAGCACAGGGACCUGAUGGUGCAAUAAGUGCCUCAAAAUAUUGUUUUAUGGGAGGUUUUGAUGCCACCAGUAAUGUGUUGGCUGGAAAUUUGUUUGGCAUACCACUUCGUGGAACACAUUCUCAUGCUUUUGUUAGCUCGUAUAUGAGCCUUGAUGAGAUCCCAAACAAGGCCCUCAGGAGCAAAGAUGGUUCAAGAGUCUGCCAGGAUUUUGUUAGUUUAGUGCAAGAGUGGCUUCAAAAGAUACAGGUAGCAGAUUCAUUAGGCGGUGUAUUUGGUGAUACAAAUCAAAGUGAGCUGGCGGCAUUUGUAUCCUAUGCGCUGGCUUUUCCAAGCAACUUCCUAGCUCUUGUGGACACAUAUGACGUCAUGCGAAGUGGUAUUCCAAAUUUCUGCGCAGUGGCUCUAGCACUACAUGAUUUAGGGUACAAGGCAUCUGGUAUUAGAUUAGAUUCUGGUGAUCUGGCCUAUUUGUCUAUUGAAGCACGAAAAGUGUUCCGUGCUGUGGAGGAGUUUAAUGUACCUGGUUUUGGGAGGAUGGUCAUCACUGCUAGCAAUGACCUGAAUGAGGAAACAAUUGAUGCCCUCAACAAACAGGGUCAUGAGGUUGAUGCCUUUGGGAUUGGAACUUAUCUUGUAACAUGUUAUUCCCAGGCUGCUCUUGGCUGUGUCUUUAAGCUAGUCGAGAUCAAUAGUAAACCUCGUAUUAAACUCUCUGAGGAUGUGGCAAAAGUUUCCAUUCCGUGCAAAAAGCGAUGUUUCAGAUUGUACGGUAAAGAAGGCUUCCCACUGGUAGACAUUAUGAUUCGUGAAAGUGAACCAUCACCUAAGGCAGGAGAAAGAAUCCUCUGCCGCCAUCCGUUCAUUGAAUCAAAGAGAGCAUACGUUGUCCCCCAACAUGUUGAGGAGCUUCUUCAGUGCUAUUGGCCUGGGAGAUCAGACAAACCCCGAGCAGAGCUGCCCUCCUUGGACAAGAUCAGAAGCCGCUGCAUGCAACAGCUUGAAAAGCUGCGGCCUGAUCACAUCCGGCGGCUAAAUCCGACACCGUACAAGGUUAGCGUGAGCGCAAAGCUGUACGAUUUCAUCCACUGCCUAUGGCUGAACGAGGCGCCGGUAGGUGAACUGCAGUAGGAAGAUGGUCACAGAAGUUUUGGGCCAAUCUUGGAAGUAUCAAGUAUAGCAGCAGCACAGAGAAAAAGAUUUCAGAGGUGUCAUGCACGCACAAAAAAAUCAGCUCAUUGCCCAUCCAGUACGAUUUUGCUCUCACAUAGUUUCACCUUGUACAACCCGGUCAUCGGUGUAGAUGCAGGCCUGAUUUUUACACAUCCCUUGAUUGGUGGGGAUACUAUACAUACAUCUUUGUGAAAAAAAAACAGAAUACAGUCGGAGCAGAUGGGAAAUUAACAGCGAAAAAUGCUUGAGAUCC